AUGGUUAUCAAAGCCAUUCAGUUUGAAUGUUAAGAUGCUAUAGAGUGAACGUGUGGAUCAGGUGUGCGUUAUAUCUUUGUCUCUCAUUCAUAUGAGCGUUGGUGAGGUGGAAGCGAGAUAGCAAAGGUUAAUCCAUUUAAAAUCAUGCUUCGCUUGAUACUCUUCAGUGCGUUGGCGGGUGUCGCUGCACCAUUUAUAUAUUUCUACUUCCAAAGCCCCCCUCCGUUACCAGAAAUCGACCUGGAAGAGUGGUGGGGGCCCAAGCAAGCCAAAUCUAAGUACAAUGACAGUAUCGUACCUUUCCGAGUGGAGUUUAGUAAUUCGAUCGUGAAAAACAUCAAGGAUCGUCUACGAGACCGCCAUCCGCUGACUCCGCCACUAGAAGGGAUAGCUUUCGAAUAUGGCUUCAAUAGCAAGCAGCUGGAGUCGUGGCUGAAGUACUGGGCGGAGGAAUAUCCAUUCAGCGCUCGUGAAAAAUACAUUAACCAAUACAAACAUUACAAGACAAAUAUUCAGGGCUUGGAUAUACACUUCGUGAGAGUAACGCCGGAGGUUCCUCCAGGUAAAGAGGUAGUACCACUGCUGCUACUGCAUGGAUGGCCAGGGUCCUUCCUGGAGUUCUAUGAUUCUAUACCGCUCCUCACUGCUGUGAAUAAGGACAGAGAUUUCGUUGUCGAGCUGAUUAUACCCAGUCUACCUGGUUAUGGGUUUUCAAGUGGUGCAGUCCGUCCUGGUUUAGGAGCUGAUAAGAUCGCUGUUAUAAUGAGAAACCUGAUGUCUAGACUCGGUUACAAGAAGUACUACAUACAAGGCGGAGAUUGGGGCGCACUGGUUACCAGUAUUAUGAGUACUUUCUUCCCGAAGGAAGUGCUAGGCUACCACACGAAUUUGCCAUUUUUGUUGAGUCCUUGGUCCGGGAUAGUUCGUUUCUUGGGCGCCAUCUAUCCACCCCUUGUGGUUAAGUCGGAUGUGGCCGACAGAAUGUAUCCUUUGGGAGUACACGUCAGCUUUAUGAUGCAGGAGACGGGGUACAUGCAUAUUCAGUCUACUAAGCCAGAUACAGUUGGUGUCGCGCUCAGUGAUUCUCCAGCAGGAUUAGCAGCGUACAUUCUAGAAAAAUUCUCCACCUGGACUAAACCCGAGUACCGUUCGUGGCCCGACGGCGGUCUCACGCAGCGCUUCACGAAGGAGAAGCUCAUUGAUAACGUGAUGGUCUACUGGGUCACCAACAGCAUCACCACAUCUAUGAGAUUGUAUUCUGAAACGUUUAAGAAGCGGUUCUUUGGGUUGGGCCUCGACCAAAUACCAACGCAAGUCCCAACCUUCAUCAUCCAGGCGAAAAAUGAAAUCUCCUACGUACCGGAAAUGGUUUUGAGGGUAAAGUACCCCAACCUUCUGAAAUCUACCGACCUUGAAGACGGCGGCCACUUCUUGGCAAUGGAGUUACCUGAUGUAUUUGCUAAGGACGUUUUGACAGCGAUUACUUCGUUCAGGAAAUGGCAUAAGGAGUAUACUAGAACCGAGUUGUAAAUAAACUUUGUUAUAAAAUGUG